CGUGUGAAUACUUCGAGUACUUUGGUGUUAAGAAGAAGACAUUAUUUUGCGGCAUACCAAUAAUUGAGGUUAACAUUUCCUAUUUUUAUUACAAAGAAGAGAGAAGAAAUCUGUGGAAAAAAUGGCGUUAUCUGUUCCAAAAGCUCCUGGUGUAUCCCAAAUGUUAAAAGAGGGAGCACGUAUGUACACCGGAUUAGAAGAAGCUGUCUACCGUAAUAUAGAUGCGUGCAAGGAGUUUGCCCAAACAAUGCGUUCUGCCUAUGGCCCUAAUGGUAUGAAUAAAAUGAUUAUUAAUCACAUUGACAAGCAAUUUGUUACCAGCGAUGCUGGUACUAUAAUGCGUGAAUUGGAUGUAGAACAUCCCGCGGCUCGUCUUAUGGUUAUGGCGAGCGAAAUGCAAGAUGCCGAAGUAGGUGAUGGAACUAAUUUUGUUGUAAUAUUUGCGGGGGCCCUUUUAGAAAAAGCGGAAGAGUUAUUACGUUUGGGUAUCACCACAAGCGAAAUUGCUGAUGGCUAUGAAAAGGCUUUAGCUAAAGCCUUAGAAGUUUUACCUAAACUUGUGUGUCAUGAUAUACGCGACUGCCGUAACGUUGAAAAUGUCAAAAAAUGUCUAAAAGCUUCCAUUAUGUCUAAACAGUAUGGUCAAGAAGACUUCCUAACCGAUCUUGUCGCCAAAGCCUGUGUUGCCAUAUUACCUGACAAUGCCACCUUUAAUGUGGACAAUAUAAGAGUGUGCAAAAUUGUGGGCUGUGGCCUAACAAAAUCUGAAGUAGUUCACGGAAUGGUCUUUAAGAGAUUUGUAGAGGGAGAUGUUACGUACGCUGAGAAUGCAAAAGUUGCGAUAUUCUCUUGUCCUUUGGAUAUUAUACAAACCGAAACCAAGGGGACAGUUCUUAUAAAAACCGCUGAUGAAUUGUUAAAUUUCUCGGCCGGCGAGGAGAACCUCUUGGAAGCACAAAUAAAAGCUAUUGCCGAUGCAGGAGUUAAAGUUGUAGUCGCUGGUGGUAAAGUAGGUGACAUGGCUUUACAUUACCUUAAUAAGUACGGCUUAGUGGCAGUUCGUUUAAAUUCCAAAUUUGACAUAAGACGUUUAAGUCGGGCCGUAAAUGCUACCGUGCUGCCACGGAUUACCACACCUACCCAAGAAGAGCUCGGGCACUGCGAUAAAGUUUGCAUAGAAGAAUUGGGCGAUACUACCAUUGUAGCGUUCAGAAAUGAAGGCAAAAACUCUCGUAUUUCCACUAUAGUGAUUCGCGGAGCUACUGACAAUUAUUUGGAUGACAUUGAAAGGGCGAUUGAUGAUGGUGUUAAUAAUUUUAAAGCCCUGUCAGCGGAUGGGCGUUACCUUCCUGGUGCAGGAGCCACCGAAAUUGAAUUGGCAACUCAAAUUUCUUCUUUUGCUGACACCUUACCGGGCUUAGAGCAAUAUGCUGUGAGACGUUUUGCCACUGCUUUAGAAGUAUUGCCUAAAGCGUUAGCCGAUAAUUCGGGUCUAAAUGGUACCGAAGUGGUAAACCUCUUGUAUUUGGCUCACAGAGAAGCCAGUGGUAAAAACGUAGGUGUUAAUAUUGAAGCUGAAAAGCCAGAGACUAUGGACGUCACUGAAGGUGCAGACGAUGAAAAACCGAAAAUUUAUGAUUUAUAUCAAUGCAAGUAUUGGAGUUUAAAAUACGCUGUCGAGGCUGCUGUCACCAUACUAAAAGUCGAACAAAUUAUUAGGGCUAAAAGGGCUGGUGGACCAACAGCCCCUCAAGCAGCUGGCAGUGAUGAUGAGAACUAAAGUUAACAUCAAACUUCCUCCUCCUCAAAGCCUCUCAUUAAAUGUCUUAUUUUCUCCUCCGAAUUUCAAGCAUUCUAUUAUCAUUUGUUUUUACCUAUUCAAGAAAAUUAACAUUUUGCGUUUUAAGUAAUCGUCAACUCAUUUAAAGCCAACGGAGAAGCCAUCUCAUCGUUUAACUCAAGCGUUCAAUUUAAAGUCAUUGCAGUAUAAUGGAUUCGAUACAUCUAUCCUACUGCUUACGCCAUGAAAUCAACGAGCUCAAAACCCCUCUAAUGUGAUUUCAAACAACAUUAACAAAUUUAACUUUUUCUAAUCUUGUGGAAAUUAUAUAAUUAAUUUGU